UUGCUCUAUAUUAGCUAAAGUUGCUCUAUGUUAUUUAGAGUUGCUCUAAAAUUAGUUGAAGUUGCUAGAGAGAAUCCUCAGAGCUGAUGCUGGCAUUUCUUGCAUGAACUGCUGCUCUAUUGGUGUCACUUCUCAGAAUACAGAUAGAAGUACAGAUACUGUAAUAAUCAGAGAAAAGGAUUAAUUUACAUGGGAACUGUAAAAAAAAAAAAAAAAAAACAGGCCAAAACUGUCCAUUUGAAUCAAAUAUCAUGAAAUAUCUCCAUUCAGUAGACAAUCAUGGUUCCCUAAGGAUGAAUCCCGCUGACUUUUGACUUUUUGAGGAUCUACUGGAUUUCCCUGAAGCUUUUUCAGCAGGAUGUUUUUAUUUGCUUUUAGUGAAAAAUCUCAACUAUUUAAAGGGUUGCAUUGAGUUUAGAUGCAUAAACCGACAGAGGAACUCUGUUCAGACAUGUAUUUGCUCUCAAACAGCUUCAGUUUUUGGUAUCAGAAGCAACAUCUUUCUAAAGUUCCACUUAAAAGACCAAAUGUGCGAAGAUCUUCCCCAAGAUUCAUUUACGAGCAGGUAACGGUUGGAUUUCUGAGGCUCUGUUGGACUUCUACGGCUGAAGAUGUCAAAAUAAAAGCACUGGAUCGACUCCAUUAACAACCUUUUGUCCCGGCUGCCAACCUCAGCUGUUGCAGUUGCUAGGCGACAGGAGACACAUGGAUAAGGAAGUAAACAGCUGCUGAUGUAAACAGAAAGUCUUCUACUGACCAGGCGGUCUGAUUCAACAAUGCUUGGUUUGACUUUCACACCAAAUGUUGGGAAACUUCCUCAGCUGCAACCGAAGUCCAGCACAUUCUGAUCAGCUGACUGCACAGGAAGUGGUCUGGACUCGGUGUUGUGUUCAUGGAGCCAGGUAGAGAUGAGUCUAAGUGUUGUUUGCUGGGCUGAGAGCUGCCAUUAGAAGACGGUAAACUGUGAUCAACGCUCAGGCUGCAGAGAUUGUUGGUAUUAAGGAGCUCAACGUGUCCAAGAAAAGAUUCAACGCACCAUCAGGUCAACAGACCGGCAGCAACAGGAGAUAGUAUACGUGGAUGUCAAAGUAACAUGAAUGAAAAUAAUAACAAACAGUGAAUAAACAGGCUCACAGGUGUUUAUUCAGGUUCCUUCUGUCUGCUGAAAAACACUGAGGGGAUGUUAUGGGUUUCAUUGAACCCUGAUCCAACACGAAGUCAAAAUAUGCGGGGUUUUUUCAAUGUUUUGUCUUUAUUUUAUUGCAGUGACUUCAGAGUGGAAUUUAUUUUUAUUUUAGAUCUGGCCGCAGUUUCCUUUUCCUACUGUGCAUGUGUUUGUGUGAGCGUUCCUGUGUGUGCGUGUGUGUACGUGUGUAAUUGGCGUGCGUGUGUAAUUGGCGUGCGUGCGUGCGUGUGUGUAAGUGUGUUCCUGUUUGUGUAUUUGUGGUACAAAGAGUGCAUUUCCAGAAGAUGACGGAGCCGCGCAGGUGGGCGGGGCUUGGCGGCGGCUGCAGCCAAUCAGCGUCCGGCCUCCUGCGUCCCUCACAGCUGAUCGGUGACUCAGGCAGCGCAGCUCGAGAGGCUCCACUUGUUGCCGAGCAGGAGCCCAGAGCCGUCAGCUGACCGCGGAGAGAGACCCGUCCCCCGGCCACCGAUCCCUCCAGAGCCCGCCGAGCCUCCUCCCCCGGACCGCCGCCGCUCCAAGAUCCGCCGCCGCCGCUGCCUCCUCCUCCUCGGCUCUCAGGAAUCUGGUUUGAUGUCUGCGUCUGUCCAGCGUCCCGGUGGACUCGGUCUGCUCUGUGGAGUCCUGCUGCUGGCCGCCUCACCGCUGCUCAUCGCAGGUCGACUCAGUAACUGUUCUCACCCUCUGGUGCCUGAACAUGGAGGUUUCCGCUGUGAUCCGUCUCCGUGUCGAGGUUUUCCUCACAAGAGCUCCAUCCGGUUCUUCUGUGAACCCGGAUACCACGUCAGCAGCAAGGUGCUCGUCUCCAGGUGUCGCCACGGCCGGUGGCAUCCUCCCAUACCUGCCUGCAUCCCCAUCAAAGGUCCGAACAUGAAGUCUGAUGACAGAGAGAACGAUUCGAUCCCCAGCAUGGCAACGACGGCGGUCGGCGUGUCCAUCUUCCUGCUGACCACCACCGCCUGCCUGGUGGUCAAGUCCCGCCUCUACCCCUGUCAAUCACACAGCCGGCGCUCCUCGGACCAGCUGGACCUGAUGGUGGACGGCCUCCCGGUGUCCCUCCCCUCCUAUGAGGAGGCAGUUUACGGCAGCUGGGGGCAGCGCCUCCCGUCCUGCUCGGCUCCCGGACCCACCCAGCUCCUCCUGGCCCAGGAGGCGUCCGGCUGCCACCAGUCGCCUCCGUCAGAUGGCAGCCAGCGACCCCUCCUGUCCGGCCAGAGCCCCGACAGCCCGCCACCCUACGAGGAGGUCCAGCCCAGAGACAGAGGCAGCGACGUCCGGCAGCUUCACGUCGCACUUUCAGACGACAAAGACACUUGAUGGACAGACGUCUUGACAGGAGACUGCGUGGUGGCAUGCGGUUGUUUGGCGAUGAGGUUUUGACGGCUGCUUGCUGCAGCCGGAACAGGAACUGACAGCAGCGGACUCCUGAACUGCACUUUUACCAGCAUCAGCACCCGUCAUGUGCUAUUUUAGAUGAUAAGCUCUGAUUGGCCAGUUCGUCGGGUUGCAGAGGCCCGGCUGAAGAGGACUAAAGUACAUUUAUGGAUGAAUUGUGUUGUGUGAGGAGGGAGGAUGUUCACUCUCUGCUGUCUGCUGAAAACCUAAAGAUAGAUUUACUGCGUUCCACUGUUUGGAUGUUUUUCGAUGAGAAUUAAACGAAAGCGUCUCCCACAGAGGAGAAGGGAGGUUUUCACAGGACAUCUGUGUGUGUGUGUGUGUGUGUGUGUGUGUGUGUGUGUGUGUGUGUGCGUGCGUGCGUGCGUGUUUUCAGUGUUGCUCUGGAGACGUCGUCCAUCCUUCCCGUCAGUGACGGGGCUGAUCGAGGCUGUUAUUAUACAGAAACCUGCGCGUUUCCAUGGCAACUGCCUCCGUACCGUUUCUGUUGUCUGAGACUUUUUGCACAGCGUUUUUUUUGCUCUCAUUUUCUUCUUUUCAUUUUCUCUCUGUGAGCCUGAUCUGACGGCGGCGACGAGCUGCACAGAAGACACUCGGUGGAGGUUUAUUUGUUAAUUUAAGAAGAUUUAUUGUACAGCUGAUAUUUAGAGGAAACCAAAACGGUCUUUAAAAGCGCUUCUUCUUCUUCUCCUGUGUUCAUUCAGUGUUUAUUCUAGCAAAAAUCAUUUAAUAUUUGAGUCCAAUGAGUAAAUUCUAUGAAUCAGAGGAGAACGUAAAGAUUUUGGACCAAACCUUUGAGAUAAGCUGAUUUAUUAUUGAUUUGAAAAGCUGAUUUUUUUUCGUGUCCUCGCUUCACUCUGACGCCUUCACAGACCUUGAAUGUAUUUAAUGUUUUAUUUUGUGGCAACAGACCUGAACUAUAUUGUAUGGAUUGUAAUAUUUACAGAAUGAUUAUUUGUACAUUGUAUUAUCGCACAGAAUUAUAUGAUAAAUAAAUGUUGAGGUGUUUCUUUGUUUGA